AUUUUAUAAUGUAAUCAAAAGUAUACAUAUGUCUUAACGUUUUAGAGCAAUUUUUGAAUGGUCUUAGAGAAGACAAGUUUAGUAAGGUUUUCUUUAAAUAGUUUUUGUUAAAAUAUAAUUCAUAAAUCCUUAGGAUACCCUACAAGAGAGACUAAAGAUGAAGAAAACAACGCCACCAAUACUAAUAAUAAGGGAAAUGUUCUUUUAUUUAUGAUGCAUUCUUCCUCAACUUACAAAAAAGACGAUGGAAUUUUACAAUGCUUGAAUCUAGAAGAAAAAACCCUAAUCAAAAUAUCAGAUCCAAAACCACGCAGUUACAGAUUCCCACAUUUCAGGAAAAGAAACCCAAAAACCUGCCAAGAACUACUCAAACUAAGCAUGCUGUCUCUUAUUAACUUUUGUAGAGUCGGUUUGGGUAUGACCACAGCCAUCGCCUCAGUAACAAACGACUCCCUUUAUAACGAAAUCAAAGCGAAAAGCGACGAAAUGCCGGAGAUGCAAAGAGAGCAAGACAACGACAUGUUGGGGGUGCCGAAACAAAACCAAAAUCUGCCUCCACCUGUCCACAGGUUGUCUGAAUACCACAACGGAGGUUUCAGGACCGUGCCGGCCUAUUGGCCGAACAGAUUCUCCAGAAGCGACAUCUACAACGGAAUCAUCGUGGACAAUGAGCAAAGAGAUGUUUUUAACGUAAGGCCGAAAAGACAGAACGCAGAAGAGUGCCAAGAAAAUAAAACAGAUGAGAUACAAGGCAUCCCCAAGCCGAAGGACAACGACAGCAAGCCGUUCUGGGGCAUCAUGGAUAUCAUCACCGACACCAAGUUAUCGUUUUUCGGAAGAAUAUUUGGGAAUGACGUUUCCAGCACGACCGAGGACCCAGCGACUUUAAACACUCUAGGGCAAGUCAGAGACACGUCCUUCUUUCAAGUAGUGAAAUCCACUUUAACCAAACUCCAGAAUAAGGAAAAUCCAUAUUUGAUGAUCAUUUUGGGUGGUGAAUUGGUCGAUUUAUCCAAUAAAGAAAGCCAACUGGUUCAAAGCAUCAAACACGUGAUCGAGAACGAGAUGUGUAACAACACCAUGAUUGUAGUUACAGGGAUGUGCCCUAAUCAGGAAGAUGACGUAACGUGUAACCAGAAGAAAAGUGGUGAUAAUGAAAUGAAUAAUGAUGGUCAGGUCGUUAAAAUGGGUGAAGGUGUUGGUGAAAAUGAUGAGGGACCGUCUAUUCCAGUUUUGGCGAAAGGACCAAACACAGAUAAACUGUCCCAAUGCACAGAGUUGUACGAUGUUCCAAUUACCAUGAAGGCCAUCCUAAUGGACUUACAAGCUCCUUCAGAUUCGACUAAUCCAAGGAAAAAGAGAAGCAUUAUCAGAAAUAUACAUAAAAGAAAAUUAUUUUCGAAAGGCAGAAAUAUUGAAUCAUCCUUAACCAAAUGGUUGGCGUCAUAUUUACUUAUAACGAUUCUAUUUUUACUGUAACCAUUUUUGUUUU